AUGCUCGUCUCCCUCUUUGUCUCGUCGCCCGAUACCCACUCGGAGCGUAGGUUGGAUACCGACCUCACCGUCUCCCAGCUCAAGGACAAGCUUGUGCCCAUCACCGGUAUCGCGCAGCAGCACCAGGUCCUCCGCCUCUUUCGCUCGUCCGAGGCUGCCGAGAAGAACGAAGCGCCCGUGGCGACCAUGACUGACGAGUCGCAAUCGCUCGGCGCGUACGGCCUGCAGGAGUGGAACUGUAUCAAGGUCGACAACACGGACCCCAACGCACGUCCGGGAGAGUUCUCCGACCUCUCGGCCGUCGACAAGUUUGAGCUGACAAAGGAGGAGUACGAGGCUCGUCCUGACACCGUCCUGGCACACCUCAAGGCGAACAAGAUGGGCCGCUUUGCCGACGUUCCCGAGACCCUCGCGCACGCUCCUCCCCCUCCCUCCUCGGUUCCUUCCGAUGUCGUCGCCGGCGCCCGCUGCGAGGUCGUGUCCGGCGACAGCGACAUUGCCAAGCGCGGCACCGUGCGGUUCGUCGGCGAGGCAGAGAUUGCGCGUGGUGGCGUCUGGGUCGGCGUCGAGCUCGAUGAGCCUCUGGGGAAGGGUGAUGGCAGUGUGGAGGGAAAGCGCUACUUUACCUGCUUGCCAAAGCACGCCGUGUUCGUGCGCGCGGACAAGGUCACUGUUGGAGACUUCCCAGAGGAGGACAUCUUUGCUAGCGACGAGGACGAGAUUUAA